AUAUUUGACACUGUUAUCUUCUUCAUCAGUAACACCAAUGGAGAGGGCAGCGCUUAUCCGCACCAUCUCCUCUUCAUCUCUCGCCUGCAACCGAUUCCUCUUCUCCUCUCCCAGGCUUGCUCGCUCCUUUCUAUCAAAAUCACCCGUGGUUACUUCCCGACGCCACUACUACCGUCUCAUCCCCAACGUCACCAACCGCUUCCUUCCCCGCCGCGGCUUGAGGAGAUUCUGUAGACUCUCCGCUGCUUCUCAAUCCUCCUCUCUUCGGUUCAGCCUCAGCAACAGACAUUUUAGUUCGUUGGCCACACGCGCCGUCGCCUCUCCUUCCACGCAAGGUUCUCCAGAGAUUGCUGGAGUUAAUGAUGAGGUCGUAGAGAAGUUUGGAUUUGAGAAAGUAUCAGAACAGUUUAUUGGAGAGUGUAAAUCGAAGGCUGUGCUUUUCAAGCAUAAAAAAACUGGUGCGGAGGUCAUGUCAGUGUCAAAUGAUGAUGAGAAUAAGGUUUUUGGCAUUGUUUUUCGGACUCCACCAAAGGAUUCAACUGGAAUUCCACACAUCUUGGAACACAGUGUAUUAUGUGGUUCAAGAAAGUAUCCCUUGAAAGAGCCAUUUGUUGAAUUGUUAAAGGGGAGCUUGCACACUUUUCUGAAUGCAUUCACAUAUCCUGAUAGGACAUGCUACCCAGUAGCUUCCACCAAUACAAAGGAUUUCUAUAAUCUGGUUGAUGUAUACCUUGAUGCCGUCUUCUUUCCCAAGUGCAUUGAGGACUUCCAGACCUUCCAACAGGAGGGUUGGCAUUAUGAGCUCAACAAUACUGCUGAAGAUAUAACUUAUAAAGGUGUUGUUUUCAAUGAGAUGAAAGGUGUCUAUUCCCAACCUGAUAAUAUAUUAGGACGAACAGCCCAACAGGCUCUCUUUCCAGAUAAUACCUAUGGUGUUGAUAGUGGAGGUGACCCAAAAGUUAUUCCCAAGCUGACUUUUGAGCAAUUUAAGGAAUUUCAUCGUAAAUAUUACCAUCCAAGCAAUGCCAGGAUAUGGUUCUAUGGAGAUGAUGAUCUAAGCGAGCGCCUUCGCAUCCUUAGUGAAUAUCUAGACAUGUUUGAUGCAAGUACAGCACCAGAAGAAUCAAAGAUAGCCCCACAAAAGCUUUUUGCAGAGCCAGUCAGGAUUGUUGAGAAAUACCCUGUGGGUGAAGGUGGCAAUCUGAAAAAGAAGCACAUGGUAUGCCUUAAUUGGCUGCUUUCUGAUAAACCAUUGGACCUGCAAACUGAACUUGAGCUUGGCUUUUUGGAUCAUCUUUUGUUGGGAACUCCUGCUUCUCCCUUGAGGAAAGCCUUGCUAGAAAGUGGUCUGGGUGAUGCAAUUGUUGGUGGUGGGGUAGAAGAUGAACUUCUUCAACCUCAAUUUGGCAUUGGCUUGAAGGGGGUCUCUGAAGACAACAUCCAAAAAGUAGAAGAAUUAAUUAUGAGCACACUUCAAAAAUUAUCAGAGGAAGGAUUCGACAAAGAUGCUGUCGAGGCAUCUAUUAACACAAUUGAGUUUUCACUUAGGGAAAACAAUACUGGAUCAUUUCCUCGUGGCCUGUCUUUGAUGCUUCGGUCCAUUGGUAAGUGGAUAUAUGAUAUGGAUCCUUUUGAACCAUUAAAAUAUGAGAAACCCUUAAUUGCCCUAAAAGCCAGGAUAGCUGAAAAAGGCUCCAAAGCUGUUUUCUCUCCUUUGAUAGAGAAAUUCAUCUUAAACAAUCCUCACUGUGUUACCAUUGAAAUGCAGCCUGAUCCAGAGAAAGCUUCUCAUGAUGAAGCAGCCGAGAAAGAAAUUCUUGAGAAAGUUAAAGCUAGCAUGACAGAGGAAGACCUAGCUGAGCUAGCACGUGCUACAGAGGAGCUAAAACUGAAGCAGGAAACUCCAGACCCUCCAGAGGCUUUAAGAACUGUUCCAAGCCUAUCUUUAGAUGAUAUUCCAAAAGAACCGAUACGUGUUCCUACAGAGAUUGGAGAUAUAAAUGGUGUAAAGGUUUUGCAGCAUAAUCUUUUCACAAAUGAUGUGCUUUACAGUGAAGUUGUCUUUGAUAUGAGUUCACUGAAACAAGAGCUUCUUCCUUUAGUACCGCUAUUUUGUCAGUCAUUGCUGGAGAUGGGUACGAAAGACUUGACCUUUGUCCAACUUAACCAGUUGAUUGGGAGGAAAACGGGAGGAAUUUCAGUUUAUCCAUUCACAUCAUCUGUGCAGGGGAAGGAAGAUCCAUGUAGCCAUAUAAUCGUCCGUGGUAAAUCCAUGGCUGGACGUGCUGAAGACCUAUUUAACCUGAUGAAUUGUGUUCUUCAAGAAGUCCAGUUUACAGACCAGCAGCGGUUUAAGCAGUUUGUUUCCCAAAGCAAAGCGAGAAUGGAGAACCGAUUAAGAGGCAGUGGUCAUGGAAUUGCAGCAGCAAGGAUGGAUGCGAAGUUAAAUAUGGCUGGGUGGAUUUCUGAGCAAAUGGGUGGAAUCAGUUACCUGGAAUUCCUGCAAGCUCUGGAAGAGAAAGUGGAUAAUGAUUGGGAUGGAAUUUCAUCAUCUCUAGAGGAAAUUCGCCAAUCCUUACUUUCUAGGAACGGUUGCUUGUUAAAUAUGACAGCUGACAGUAAAACCCUCACAGACACCGAAAAGUUUGUUAGCAAAUUUCUUGAUUUGCUUCCUAGCAACUCUUCUGUAGAAAGAGUUAGUUGGAAUGCUCGACUUCCUCCAAACAAUGAAGCCAUUGUGAUCCCCACUCAGGUAAAUUAUGUCGGGAAAGCAGCUAAUCUCUAUGAGACUGGUUACCAACUUGAUGGGAGUGCUUAUGUUAUUUCAAAACACAUUAGCAAUACGUGGUUGUGGGAUCGUGUUCGUGUUAGUGGUGGGGCUUAUGGAGGUUUCUGUGACUUUGAUACACACUCAGGUGUAUUUUCCUUCCUAUCUUAUCGAGACCCAAACUUGCUAAAGACUCUUGAUGUGUAUGACGCAACUGGGGGUUUUCUGCAUGAGUUGGAGAUGGAUGAUGAUACACUUACCAAAGCAAUUAUUGGUACCAUUGGUGAUGUGGAUGCAUACCAGCUGCCUGAUGCUAAAGGUUAUAGCAGUCUGUUGCGGUAUUUACUUGGGAUUACUGAAGAAGAAAGGCAAAGGAGACGUGAAGAGAUAUUAUCGACAAGUUUGAAGGAUUUCAAAGAAUUUGCCGAUGUCAUUGACGCGGUGAAGGACAAAGGAGUGAGUGUUGCAGUGGCAUCACCUGAUGACUUUGAAGCUGCAAACAAGGAACGAUCUAACUUUUUCCAAGUGAAGAAAGCGCUCUAAUCCCUUCAAGAACUGCUUUAGACAUGAACUAAUCUUCGUACAAAUUUUCUCUUUUCAUGUUAGGUUAAGAAACCCUCGGAAAUAUUGUUUCAAUUUUCUCACGAGUUCUAUAGACUAAACAAUACAGAAAACGGGAGGAAUUCCACAGCAGAUGCAAUCUUUUCAAUUCAUUUAAGAGGAUCCUGAAACUGUACUCUUGGCAAUUAUUAGUUCUGGAAAUUUAUUGCAUUG